UUCAUUCACAUAUUUCUUUAUUAAAUUUACAAGAAACUAGAAACUGAAUAUAUCACAUGUAUAUUAAUGUACAUAUAUUAUACAUGGCAUACGCAUUUUACGGGCCAAUUAUUUUUACAUUUAUUUACAUUUCAUGAAUUAUUUACUUUAACAUAAAAUAAUUUUGUACUUGACGUGCGUUUUAUGUCAAACAAUGCAUAGUAACAAUUAAUUGAAUCACAUUUCUCAGCAGUCUUCCACGAGCAAUCUCCGUUGACUCGGAUCCGGAGUCCGACGGAUCCCAACGUCCCAUACGCAUCCCCACGAUGACAUCGAUCCGAAGACAUUGCGAAGGAAGACUAUCUGAGGGAGGAUCUGGCCAGAACGUUGCUGACACAAGGAGUUUCGUCGCACGGGGUCGAAGAAAAGAAAGCGGUUUGUUGUCGGCUUUAACCGCGAGAUUCACGGUUAAAGCCCACGAACGGUGGACGUCGUCCAUGAUCCCCUUUAUCCAAUCCGUGAGGAUCCGCGGGGCGUUAAGGGAGAGAGAGCAUCGUAACUGUGUGUGCGUCGCGCUAAGUCGGUCAGUUCGGAUCAGCCGAGCGAGAGGAUCACAAUACCCCGCCGCCAACCGCGAGCGGGUGCACAUCCAUCUCCGCUCGCGUUUACCCGCACGCUUCUCCCUUCGUGAAAAUUAGUUGCGCGAGAAAUCCAUGCUAAUGUCGGCUAAUCGGCCGUAAUCAGCCGUGAGAACCGACGACUGUGUCAGCGGCGGGUGUCGACUGUCGGUGCGUUCGUGGAAGAUCGCGUUGGAAAGGGAGAGAUCUUUCCUCGAGACCGUCUGCGAUCCGAUCGCGACGAUUGACGCGCGAUCAAGCGGACUCGUGCUGAAAGCGAAUCGCGUCUCCACGGAAAACAGUCUAUUUUCGCAGAUUGACAGGUUCAGAUGGACGAGCAAGAGGCUGAGGAGCAACCAAGCGAAGCCGCUCACGAUGAACCUUACGAUCCUUACUUGCAUCGUGUCACUGAUAAACCAGUGUCAGAUUUCGGUUCUUUGGCAAAUCUGAUAAAGAGCGCGGUUGGAACGGGCCUCUUCGCUAUGCCGAAUGCGUUUGCCGGCGUCGGGCUCUUCAUGGGCAUCGUCGGCACGAUGCUUAUGGGACUGUUGAUAACCGGGUCUCUUCAACUGCUCGUUAGAAUCCAUCAUUUGAUGUGCAUCCGUCUGAAGAAACCCAUCUUGGUGUACGACAACGUGGUGGUCGCCGCUUUAACCACGGGUGCACGAAAACCGUGGCUCUCUGCGCGCGCUGCAACAUUUAUUGUUGAUUCUACGAUACUAUUAUGCUACAUUGGGAUCGGUUCGGUUUACAUUGUGUUCAUUGCCGGCACGAUCCAACAAUGCGUGGACACCGAAAAAGUCAUCGCUCAAAGCUACUACGCUCUCAUAUUGUUUCCUUUUCUCUUUAUAAUGAACAUCGCAAAGAACCUUGCAGCCAUCGCACCGAUCUCUGUCGCCGGCAAUGUUCUAUUUGCAAGUGCGGGAAUUAUCGGCAUCGUUUACGCGCUAAAAGACGGUAUUGGCGAUACGUGGGUGACGAUUGGAUUGGACUUCAGCUUGUAUGCGAAGUUUGCCGGCAUGGUCUUCUUCAGCAUGUGUUCACCAGGUUUGAUAUUGGCGAUAGAGCACAGCAUGGAAAAGCCCUGGAAUUACCCAAAAGCCUGUGGAAUAUUAAACUGGGGCAUGACAACCAUUGUUUUCGUACACAUUUUCGUUGGAGCUAUUGGUUACUUGAAGUGGGGGCCAGAGGCGCUCGGCAAUUUUAUCCUCAAUCACGAGGAAACUGACGCACCAACGAUCGUGGCGUUGUUAAUGCAAGCGCUGGCAAUCUACUUCUCGUAUGGCUUGCAAUGUUACAUGCCCAUUACGAUUCUCAAGUUCAGUUACGCCAUACCGGCCAUCGAGAGUGGCGCUUGGAAAGGAACCCCGUUUCUCUGGGAUUUGAUCAUCCGUUUCUUCAUCACCUUCAUCACGUGUAUUUUCGCAUUGGCAGUUCCGAGACUCGAUCUGUUUAUCGGCUUGGUCGGCAGCAUAUGCAUAUCCACUUUGUCCACGAUAAUACCAUGUAUCAUAUACAUACUUGUGCAUUAUGGGGAUUUUGGAAAGUUUAAGUGGAGACUGAUUCUGGGUGUCACUAUGUUCUCCAUCGCUUUCAUCGUGACAGUUUGUGCCAUCGUGACUAAUCUUACGCUACUUGUGGAAUUUUUUACACACGGGUACAUUAUUAUUAUGAUCUUUAAUAUCUAAUGUAUAAGGAUAGUCACAUUAAAAUCAGUAUUUUACAAUUAUAAUCUUAUAAUAUACGAAUUACGUAUUCAUAUUCACACUUGAAUACGGAGGAAACAAUGAGACAAUCUGUUUUACCUUUUUCAGGCACUGAAGCCUGAAAAUAAAGCUGGAGCGGCGCGCGGUGGUGUUAUUAUCUUAAUCUAAUCUCCGUUCGUAGUCCGCAGCCCGAUAAAAAUACCGGAGGCGCGUCUCACGGCGUUUUCCACUUUUGUCUUCGGGCGCGGUUCUAAAGCCGCCACCGUUUACGCGCGAUUCAGCCUAAUCACGGCAACUGCGGCGGUUGGAAAAACCGCGAAAAAGGCGUGAAGCUCUCGUGACAAAAAGCGAGGAGAGAGCGGGAAAAAAGGAGGGAAUACGUGCGGCGGGAGUAGAGGAGAGAAGAGAAGAGAAGAGAAGUGCGACGUAUAAUCGCGUCAGAUCACCGAGGCGUCAAUGGCUGUUGCCGGGCUUAUCACGCACACACGUGGGGAACACCAGGAGCUAGAGAGAGAGAGAGGGGGGACACACGUGGAAACUGGCAGACACGUAUCGACAUGGCGAAUGCACGGCCGUGUGGGUGCACGCGAAAGCCAGGGGAACGGCGUUGCGCAAACGUGAGGGUGAACGGGGACGCUCUUUCUUUCUUUCUCUCUCUCCCUCACCAUCCACGGAAAAAGGAACCAAAGUGGCAACGACGACGGUGACGGCGGUGACGGCGACGGCGACGGCGAGAAGAGAGAGUCUCUGUACAGAGGGACGCGGAAGGGUGCUUUCAUUGCACAGAGAGAGGACACAACCCCUUUUAGUGGCUACCGUCGUAUCCCCGCCGCCCUCCCUGUGUCCUAACCUACCAUGUCCCUCGCCGUCGCUCUUCGGGUGUCGUCCUCUCGUUUCUCUCUCUCUGUCUCUCUUUUGGAUUCGCCCUUACAGACUGGCUCUGCUGCCUGGCCGCUCAUCCGUUUGUCAGUUCAAGGUGGCUGCGUUCAUUACCGGAGGAUACACCGGGUGUGGUGUGAGAAUCCACCGAACCCAGCGUCGGCUACCCUCGCCAUGUGCUCGCCAGAGAGAGAAAACGUCCCGUUUAAUAAUUAUACCGAUGACGAGACGAGAACAUCGUGGCGUUCAGCACGCGGUGCGAAUUGGUGAGAACGCGAGCGCGGAAUUUACCGAAAACAUUGAAGAUUCUUGGUGAAGAAAAUUAUUUAGAGAUUUGAGAAUCUGAUCCUGCGCGCAGGAAUCGAUACAAAUGUCGAUUGAUAACCGAGCAAGAGUCGAUAACCAAAUCUUUCUUCUGUAUAAAUUGAAAAUAAUAUUAAUAUAUAAUAUAAUGUGUAUGUAACGUAUGAUGAAAUAGUUUCUUUUCUGAUUACGCGCAGCGAUUACGUGUAAAUAACCAAUCACCUGCAUCUGCGGGUCUCCGCGUUUGCGUUGGCGAUGAUGGGGCGAGCUCGGCACAAGUCCGCGAGAUUUCGCAGAAACUAACAUGACGCACGGAGGAAAACCGCGUAGGAAGCGAAACGGUCGAAGGAGACGGAUGCUGACGAAGCUUGAGGCGAGGAAAUAUAGAAAACAUUAAGCGAUCAUGAGGUCUUGCUCGGAAGAGAGAGGAAAUUCGUUCCGUUUGGGAUUUCAUCCACUGAAGAUUCCUCGGAGAUUCAUCGUCGAUGCAAAACCGCGUUCGACCUACGCGUGAAAAGUAAGCACGGCGCGGGGGAAUCGCGCGCGGACCAUUGAGCAUCACAGCGUGGCCUGUAAUUUGGCGCGCGGAUUAAUGGCGCGUACGCUUGCCGGAUCGACGUUCUCGCUCCUCGCAACAUCGUUCGGCAUGCUAAUAACAGCGUUCACGGCGUCCACGCCGGCAACCGUUCGCGAAUCUCUCGCCACGGCAGUUACGUCGAAAGCAAAAUUGACGAUGGCCGUGAUCCGAUGGCCCGGCGCAAACGUCCAGCGAAUUCGGUGCACGGAAUAACGAGACACUCGUUCUCGGACGAUAAAUCUCGUUCUUCCGACGAAUGACCAGCAUGCGACAAAUUUUGUCCAUUAUUCGACACUCUUCUGCGCCCUGUAUUCACGUAUCCUUUAUUAUCGUGGGUGCGAUAAGAAAGAAAUGUCUUGUUACGCAAUUAAUUUUAUUUUUGUUCGCAAUGUGGAAGAAGGGAAUUUUAACAUUUCAGAGUCUCGAUUUUAUCACAAUGCUAUUUACUUAAAAUUGAUGAACCGAGGUAUUCACAUAACUGAAUUAUUCGCUGCUUUCUCGUAUUCUUCUUUAACGCUUCAGAAGCUUUUUAGAGUAGAAAAUUGUAAAAGCGACUUUUCGCGGAAUUAUGUGCGAAAAUUUCGAAUGGUGGCAGCGAAACGCGAGCAGACCAAGUGUGAAUCCGUGAGGAUUAACAUGAUGACAUGUAUGUUUGCAACCGACGACGGACGUUGGCUCGGAUGGCGGGGACUCAGUGGCAAAAACAAAUUCCGUGGGAGGGACGGUGCGACGAGCUCGAUAAUCGUCGCGAAUCGAGCGUGGAUAAUGACGAGAGAGAGGACCCCGAACGAUAAAUCUCGGCGGAACGACGUGUCCGACAGACAAUGGGUCGCGAUGGGCGUGACUCUGGCGGGGCCCGUUCGUUCUCGUUUCCAUCGCGCCUCGCGAUGGAGAUGUCAGGCUUUUGUGCGAUUCGUUGCGGACCGCUGUCUACUUGGGCGUUCGGCUCGUGUGAGUCGAACCGGACGUGUUUGUCGCGAUUAUGCGCGCACGAUACGUGUUACGCGCGGCUACGAUGACUGUUUCUUCAUUGUAGCUGACGGGAGAUCUCGAGAGCGGAACGAAUGCGAUCUACGCGCUGACGGGCGAGAUCGAUGAUGACUCGUUUCGAGAACAAUCCGCGAUCGAAUCGUCGCCUGGCAGAUCCCCUUCAGGAAAAUUAUUUUCUUCGUCAAUCUCUUGUGAAAUUCAAAGAUUUGAAAACCCCAAGAUUGUUAAAGAGUUCAUAGAUGAAUGGAGUUCAUUUAAUCGCGAUUAAAAAGCGAUCCUUGAGAAUAACAGGCAUGGAAAAUUGUAGACAUUUUCUGUCCGCAAUACUCUUUUACGCGACAUUAAAGAUAUCCUUGCGCGCAUAUCUCUUACACGCACGUUCACCGCACACGAGAAUGUCACGCUGCUCGAUCUCAUUAAUGUCCGUCGAGUCACGAACUCGAUCAACGAUCGGUUAUAGUUAGUGAUCGAACAUGCAUCGUAUCACCAUUACAUUUAUUUGCUUCGACACCUUCCUCGCUGGCACGAUUCUGUCAUUCCUAUGAAAAGUUACUCUCGUAAUACGACUUAUCGCGCGCACAUCUGACGACUAAAAAUCAAAAAGUUUACAUAUCUAAUUUUGUCAAUACUCGUUAAUUUUCUUCAAAGAAUUCUAUGCUAUCAAUAAGAUAUGAAUGAAACGUUGUGAAGAUUAAUCAGAAAAAUAGAUAAAUGUCAAAAUAAAAUUAUAUUCUUGAA